CGCCCCCGUAAUGCCGGAAGGAAGCCGCUUCUGUACUCCAGGAUCUGAGCUUAGGGCUUUGCAAGCUAGCUAGAAAAGAGAAAAUCUCCAACCGCUUUACUUUGCCCUGGUGCGCGCCAACUCGCCAGGAGCAAACCAUGGCCGCAGAUCUCCCUCCCACCUUCUCGAUCCAGCUGGUAGAGGAGCCCAGAUUGCUGAAGCUGAAGAAGAUGUUCAUCUCUAAAUUUAAAUCAACUCCCAAGUUUUAUGCUCGGGCACCAGGGCGAGUCAACUUAAUAGGUGAACAUAUAGAUUAUUGUGGAUAUGCUGUGCUCCCAAUGGCCAUAGAGCAAGAUAUACUUAUAGCUGCUGAACCUCUAAACACUCCAGCUAUCCAUCUGGCCAAUACAAACCCUUUGUACUCGGAUUUUACUACAAAUGCCAACAACAUUCAAAUUAAUCAAAUGGAACCUUUGUGGCACAACUACUUUCUAUGUGGAGCCAAAGGAAUUGAGGAUCAUUUCAGUCUUGACAGCCCAAGCGGCAUGAACUGCCUUGUAGAAGGCACCAUCCCUCCAAGUUCUGGCCUCUCCAGUUCCAGUGCCUUGGUCUGCUGUGCAGGACUUGUGACCCUUAUGGCAAAUGAGAAGACUCUUCCAAAGGUGGAGUUGGCUGAACUCUGCAGCAAGAGUGAACGCUACAUUGGCACAGAAGGAGGAGGCAUGGACCAAUCCAUCUGCUUUCUUGCGGAAAAGGGAACUGCCAAGCUGAUAGAGUUCAAUCCUCUUAGGGCAACUGAUGUGAGGCUUCCAGAGGGAGUAGCUUUCCUUAUUGCCAACAGUUGCGUUGAAAUGAACAAGGCAGCGACUUCUCAUUUUAAUAUUAGGGUGAUGGAGUGUCGUCUGGCUGCAAAGCUUCUAGCAAAAUCCAGAGGCCUAGAUUGGAAAGCAGUGGCAAAGCUCCAGGAAGUGCAGGUCAAGCUGAAACUAAGCUUAGAGGAAAUGCUGGCUGUGGUUGAGGAGGUGUUUCACCCUGAGCCUUACAGCAUAGAGGAAAUUGGGAAAAACCUGGGAAUUAGCUCCAAAGAGCUACGCACUCAGAUCCUCAGCCAGAACACACAAGAUGUGACCAGCUUUAAAUUAUACCAGCGUGCUAAGCAUGUGUACAGCGAAGCUGCCAGAGUCCUGGAGUUUAAGAAGAUUUGUACAGAGGCACCUGAAGAUGCCGUCCAGUUAUUGGGGGAUUUAAUGAACCAGAGCCAUGCCAGCUGCAAGGACUUAUAUGAGUGCAGCUGUCCUGAACUGAAUCAGCUGGUGGACAUCUGUCUGCAAUUUGGAGCCAUUGGGUCGCGCCUGACGGGAGCAGGAUGGGGUGGCUGCACUGUGUCAAUGGUUCCUGUGGAGAAGCUGGAGAGAUUCCUAGCACAUGUGAAAGAGGCUUACUAUAAAAAUAAUAACCAGAGGUUAGCGCUGGAAGGAAACAGCCUAUUUGCUACCAACCCUGGUGGUGGAGCGACAAUUUUUCUGGAGUCCUAAAGGAUGUCAAUUUUUUAAAGGAAUAAUCUGUGGCACUGUGAAGUUAGCAGGACUUCCUAUGCUACAGUAAACAGAUCAUUUGUUUUUAUUAUAAUGAGCAACAUCCAUUAUUAGAAUGCAUUUUGAAAAAUAAUUGUAAUGAAAUUAAGAGUUCUAUUAAUUGUAAUGUAUUUUCCCCGCAGAACUUAUGCUUCUAAAAGAGAUCAUCCAAAACACUGAUUUCUGUCUGGACUUUACAAAACUUUAUUUGCCAAAACCUAUUAAUGUAAGAGAAAGAAAUGAAUCAGAUUGAAAUUUUU